GGCGAUAGAGUGCUACUACCAUUAACUACAGAAGAAGAGGAUCGGCGCUAGAUUAGCUAGCAAGCUAGCAUCUACAAAGUGCACGGUUAGACAGUCGUGAGGAUCAAACAUGCUUCUUAGGACGGUAAAGCCGUGGUUGCUUCGUUGCAGGAGUGUGUCUCCGGCUUACACGAGGUCUUACUACGCCGACCAAGUAGCUCGACUCGGCUCACUGCCGGAUAAACAGUCCUCUGAAUACCAGGAGAACUAUGAGCGAAUGCAGGUUAUUGUUGAUGAACUGAAAAGCCGGACAGAGAAGGUCAAAUUGGGUGGGGGAGAGAAAGCCAGAAGACUUCACACCUCUCGUGGCAAACUGCUUCCCAGAGAGCGAAUAGACCGACUGCUGGAUCCGGGGAGUCCUUUCUUAGAGUUCUCUCAGUUUGCAGCAUAUGAAUUGUACGGAAAAGAGGAAGUCCCAGCAGGCGGCAUCCUCACUGGGAUCGGACGGGUUUCAGGGGUGGAAUGUGUUAUUGUUGCAAACGAUGCUACUGUAAAAGGAGGCACAUACUUCCCAGUUACAGUGAAGAAACACCUUCGUGCACAAGAAAUAGCCCAGCAGAACCACCUGCCGUGCAUUUACUUAGUGGACUCAGGAGGGGCCAAUCUCCCCAGACAGGCCGAAGUCUUCCCAGACAGAGAUCACUUUGGACGUAUUUUCUACAACCAGGCCAGGCUGUCUUCAGAGGGAAUAGCACAGAUUGCUGUGGUGAUGGGCUCCUGCACUGCAGGAGGAGCGUAUGUACCUGCCAUGGCAGACGAAAGCAUCAUUGUUCGCAAGCAAGGAACCAUUUUCCUGGGUGGACCUCCGCUGGUCAAAGCUGCUACUGGGGAAGAGGUUUCUGCAGAGGACCUGGGUGGUGCUGAUCUUCACUGCAAAAAAUCAGGUGUGACGGACCACUAUGCUUUGGAUGAUAACCAUGCAAUCCAUUUGGCUAGAAAGGCGGUGAGAAGACUCAACUACAAGAAAAACAUCGAGGUCACUAUAGAACCCACCGAAGCCCCUCUCUUCCCUGCAGAUGAACUCUACGGGAUCGUUGGAGAUAACCUGAAACGCAACUUUGAUGUCAGAGAGGUCAUAGCCAGGAUUGUAGAUGGCAGUAAAUUUGAUGAGUUUAAGGCUUUCUACGGAAACACGCUUGUUACAGGAUUCUCAAGAAUAUUUGGUUACCCCGUCGGAAUCAUCGGCAACAACGGCGUCUUGUUCUCGGAGUCGGCGAAAAAGGGGACGCACUUCAUCGAAUUGUGCUGCCAGCGAAACAUUCCACUCAUUUUCCUCCAAAACAUAACAGGCUUCAUGGUGGGUCGAGAGUACGAGGCAGGCGGAAUAGCCAAGGACGGAGCGAAGAUGGUGACCGCCGUCGCCUGCGCCAAUGUUCCCAAGAUCACCGUCAUCAUCGGCGGCUCCUACGGCGCCGGGAACUACGGCAUGUGUGGCCGAGCCUACAGCCCCCGAUUCUUGUACAUGUGGCCCAACUCCCGAAUCUCUGUGAUGGGCGGCGAGCAAGCCGCCACCGUCCUGGCGACCAUCACCAAGGAUCAGAGGGCACGAGAGGGAAAGGAGUUCACAGCAGAGCAAGAGGCUGCCAUGAAGAAACCAAUAGUGCAGCGGUUUGAAGAGGAAGGCAGUCCAUACUUCUCCAGUGCCAGACUCUGGGACGAUGGCAUCAUCGACCCCACCGACACUCGUCUGGUUUUGGGACUGAGCCUGAGCGCUGCGCUGAACGCGCCGACCCAGAAGACCCGCUUCGGGGUGUUCAGGAUGUGAUGCUGGCGUGAGCUCGUACAGCUGGGGACUCCAGAUGUGCUUUGUACCCCAGCUAGUCUGUUUUUGUAUUUUGGACUGUGAGGUGUCACCAGAUUAAGAGCAGGAAGUCCCACAGCCUGGGCUCGAUGCUGUGCCUUUUUGAUUGUUACUGUUACACUCAUUCCCCUCUUUCCCCUCUCACUCUGUCUAUUCGUUUGUUUGUUUUCUAUCAAGUUCUGUAAAUUAAGAAUUGUAGAGAUAAUACAAAAGUUAUCAAAA